UCUCCUGACACUCCGACUGCUGGAAACCACUCUAUCUGAAGCUAUGUCGACACAAAGCAUAAAUGUAGCUUUACUGAUCGGAACCAUUGCCCUUGUGUUCCUGAUCAUACCUGACUGUGUGGCUGUAUACGAAGAUGAAGAGGGAUUUAAACUGUGUGUCACAUCCAGACAAGGAAUGAAAGACCUCUCUCGCCAAAAUCUGACGCAUGUUCCCUCAAAUCUUCCCAACAACACGCAGUACUUGGACAUUUCUCACAACUCCAUCCAAAGACUGACUGGAGCUCCGUUUUCCAGACUGACCCAGCUCUGUUGGCUGAAGGUAACUCACUGUGGCCUGCAGGAGAUUUCUCCCAGUGUGUUCAGUCACACACCAGCACUCAAAGUCCUCAAUAUAUCUUACAAUGACCUUCCUUUCAUCCCUGACAUUUCAUUGAAACAGCUGAAAAUCCUUGAUUUGGCUAACAAUCUUUACAACAGCUAUCAACUUCCAGCAUCGUUUCAGAACCUAACCAGUCUGGCUGUGCUGUCAUUAGGUAGCACAGCUGCUCUGACAGUCAACUACAAUGACUUUGACCCAUUGAUGAACGUUUCUCUGAAUCACCUGGUGUUUGGAGCAGGAACUCACUGGCAGAAGUAUGAUUCCGGUGCUCUUACAAAACUGAUGUCUCUUAAAACAGUUUCACUUUUUGCUUCUUUUUGUGGGGAUACUAGCAUGUUUGAGAAUGUUCUUGUGGAUUUAAAUAUGACAAGAGCAACAUCAUUGAGAUUCAUCACUCUUUUUCCAGACAACUGCAACAUGACUGGCAACCUUUUUGAGAACCUGAGAACAAUGCCAUUUGUACAGAACCUCACCAUAGAAAACACUUGGAUGAACAGCUCCUUUAUGGAGGUGCUUCUUAAGAACGUGUGGGUGUCCUACCUUUAUGACCUCUCCUUUGUCAACAUCACUUAUAAUGAGGACACACCAGAUGGGUUUCAGUUUCGCAACAAUAAUCAAACCAUCAAUCUCUGCUCACUUACCUUCAACGGGGUGAAUCAUUUUCAGUACAGAUACCCCACAUUCAACAUAAGCUUAGACGCCGUCUCAAGUCUGACCUAUUUUAAGUUCUCUGGGACCGGAAUGAACAUUUUACCCUGCAAUCUCUUAUCUGUCCUGCCAUCACUGGAGACGCUGGAUCUGUCAGAUAACCUCUUAACGGAUUCAGGCUUCUGGUGGUUUCAAUGUUCGUACACCUCGGUCUUCCCCAAACUCAGGAGACUGUCUCUAAGCAAAAACCGUUUCAGCGAUCUGGCCUUUAUCUCUGAGAAGACGCAUCAGAUGAAGACAUUGGAAUCUUUGGACCUCAGUUUUAACUCUAUUCACUUGGAAAGGGAAUGCUUUUGGCCUGCUCAGUUGACUGAGCUCAGCUUAGGAAACAACAACCUGGGCAACAACGUCUUUAGAUACCUGUCAGAACACUUUGAGAGAAUUUACUUGUCAAAGACAGGAAUAACAGCCAUAACGCAAGAGGAUCUAUCUCGUUUCCCCAAGCUGACACACCUUCAACUGAGCUCCAACAGCAUCCAGGUUAUCCCUGCAGAUCUCAGCGCCCCAGCUCUCCUCAGUCUCUAUGUAGACCAGAACGCUAUCACAUCUAUAUCCAAGGAGGCUUUGGCAGGAUUUCCGAGGCUUCAGACCCUCAAAGCUGGAGGCAAUCCAUUUGUCUGCUCUUGUGAUUCCUAUUGGUUCGUCAACGUUCUCAACAAGUCAAUGCUCCAAGACUGGCCCUUAGAUUAUACAUGCAGCACCCCACCAUCUUUUUCAGGCCUGUCGCUCUUAGAGUACAAAACCAGUGAGCUGUCAUGUGAGAACUGGCUUCAAGCUACAGUUGCUAUCCCUGUAAUAAUAGUUAUCUGUGCUGCCAUAGGUCUGGUUUUCUAUAAAUGUGACGGAGUGUGGUAUACAAAGAUGUUGUGGGUGUGGAUCAGAGUGAAGAGAAGAGGCAAAAAACGCUCCAACAUGUUAAAGAAUCAAUCUUUUAAUUAUCAUGCGUUCAUCUCCUACAGUCAUCAGGACUCUGGCUGGGUAGACGACCAGCUAGUGCCGUCUCUGGAAGGUGCCGGGUUUUCACUUUGCGUUCAUGAGCGUGACUUUGUCCCUGGUGAGUGGAUCAUAGACAACAUUAUCAACUGUGUGGAAUCCAGCUACAAGACACUGUUUGUCCUCUCUAAACAUUUUGUCCAAAGUGAAUGGUGCAACUAUGAGCUCUUCUUUGCCCAGCACAGGGCCAUCAGCGUCCAGCAGGACUCUUUAGUCUUCCUGUUACUGGAGCCCAUUCCAACAGACUCUCUGCCCAAGAAGUACUUGAAACUUAGAAGUUUACUGAGGCAGCAGACGUACCUGGAGUGGCCCAAGGAUGAACGGAAGCAGCAGGUUUUCUGGGCAAGUCUUAAAUCCAUGUUGCAUUUGGCAGACAAAUCUGUGGUUCUGCAGGAUGUGGCUUUAGCCCUUUCAGAUACAGCAUCUCUACUCACAGACCAAUUUUAAGAGCUCAAAGGAAAGGUUCUCAUUUUUUUCAAGUCUAUCUCUAUCUAUAAAAUACCCACUUGGAGCAGUUUUGGUUGCUGUAAUUGUUCCUCCAACUCAUUCUGGUCCUGAAUCUGAUCUCUUUCUAAUGCAAAACCUGAUCUCUUUCUAAUGCAAAACCAAAAUGAGAGAUGGGGGACGAAACCUGCAUUCCUUGUUUUGUGCAAAAAUGCACUCACGUCCAGCUGAGGCUAAUACAAGGCCAGAGUAUUCUGAUUUAAAGGGCCAAAGGAAAAAACAAAACAAAAUGUAAAAUAUUCCUUGACAAUUUUCAUAACAACCAAAAUUCAAGUAAGGAUUCUGGCUGGCUGUGUUGGCCCUGUGCUGUCCCCCAAAAGCUAUAACUGUAAGCUUCUUUUUAUGCUACAGGUCAUAGAAAUUGGUUGUUUUAAUGAAUAUAUUUUACUAGAUAAAGGAAUUUUUAGUCAUUAUACAUCUGUUUUUUAGAUUUCAACACAACAUGGGCACAUGGGCUUUGUCUCCAGUGCUGAGGAGCAGGCUAGCACCAACCAAAUAUCCAUAUUGUUAUGUGACGGUAUGAACAAAUUAAUCUUAAUGUUGGAGAAAAUCUAUUGAUCACUUGAACAAAAGUCAUUGUUUUAUUGGCUUGGCUUGUAUUUAUCCGCAUCUGACAUCUGAAACCUGAAAAGGAUAGAAACUUUAAAAGGUAUCUUCUCAGUUUGCUAAAGCCUCAUAUUACUUUCAAUCAACUGUCAGUUCAUUUGCUUCAAAAGGGGAUUACUAUAAACUAUUACAACAACAGACACAAUGCUUUCAAUGUAUAUUCAGACAUGUACGACAUGAAUGUUGUAUAAUUAUAGACUUACUAAUCCUUUAACAAAAAAUGAUGGUGACAGAGGUGGUUCUGCAUCUAUAAUUACUGUAUAUCUUACAUUUUGAAGUUGUAAAUUGUAAACUGUAAAUAGUCUUCACCAGUUAAUCAGUAACAAUGAUGAUCUCACUUUACAUAAAUGCACAAGCCUCUAUCUUAACUGAACCCAAGAAGCUAAAUCAUUAAAAAUUAUAUACAUUGUCUAAACUAGUCAGAAAUUGGCAACACUAAAAAAGGUACAAGAUCUGACCUUACAUGCCAACAUUUGGUGCUUAGUAAAACACUGUGUUAUUAACACAUUUUGCUCACUACAUAGUAUUAAAGUUUGAGAUUAAGCCAUAGUUUAUAGUCAAAUGUAUAUUAUGAUAUUUACAAUUAUUUGUGUACAUCACCAUUUGAUUUGCCACAUCUUCUUAAUUGGAGAUACAACACAAAUCUAUUUUAAUUAGAGGUUUCAUGAUACAACUUUCAUACAACAGCAAAAAAAAUAAAAAUGAAGUACUUUAAUUACAAGUCUUACAGGGUCAAGCAUUCAAUAAAUCAAAAUGUGGUGUUUUCACUAGUGCAUUAGCGAUAAAAUGGGAGGGCAGAGAGCACAAACCUGUAUAUUUCUAUAAUUUUAUGUAUUUCCUCAGUAGAGAAAUAUAUGUUUUUAUAUGCUUUGUUGCCUUAAUUCUGUGUCCUCAAUAGCCUCUUUUAGUUUAAGCAAAUGUCUCCAUCUACUGUUUGUAAUGAGUCUGUACACAGCAUACCAGUAUGAAGAAGAGAUUUAGAAUGAGUCUGUACAGUGCAGACAGAAUGUGUCUUUAACACAUAUUCAACACUGAUGAUUUGAAAUUAAUUGGUAAAUUUUCCCUGGAUAAGCAGUGGGUACCGUAUGUAGAUUGGGCUUCACUAUUUUAAGUAGGCCUACAUUAUUUAAUUUUAUUAAGAUUGAUUAUGUUUGUAUCUAUUUUGUGCAAAUUGCAUUAAACUGAAAUAAAAU